AUGGCCGCAAUCGAGGAUAUCGAAGGGCUCUCAGAGGUCAUUGGUCGAGCCAUUCAAGAGCAUCUGGAAAGGUCCAAUAUCAAUGUUGCUUGGCCGCAGAUAGACGGCCUCGUCCGACCUAUACUCAGGGUCGAAGCCUUCCUAGAGGACGCAGGCCCUGGCAAUAAUUUGAGCCCGCGCUCCGAGAGGGUUGCGUCAAGAACAUUAGAGUUGACUGGGAUGAUGACUCCAGGGCCACCUCGAAGUCCAACAACGCCUGGUCAAGAGGUAUCGCCAAACUUAGAGACGCAGUCGCACAGCUCAGAUGUCGACGAGGACACAGUCGAUGCGUCCGACUCCCGCCGCAAAGGUACCGGGGGUCUAAGGAUCUCGCAGAACCAGACCAUUCAGGAGGAUCACAGCGAGCAUCAGCGGCAGAUGCAGGUCGAUACGAGGAAUUUCCCUAAGCGGAAGAAGAUUGCUUCUGAGAAGUUUGUCUUCCAGCCCUCUACACUUGACAAGCUGAUCAUCGGUAUCUGGGAACAACUCCACAGCUCCAUCAAUCUCGACCCGAAAGCGAUCUUCGAGCAGUUCCAGAUUGCUCCUGUGGCAUCUUCUGAUAUCGUUCACCACAACACAGCAGAUGUGAUGACUGUGAACAUGCGCAGUACGGCAACUGGCAGUACUCACGACUCCUUCAGCCAGAUGAACGUGUUUUGCCGCAAGGUCACGCAGGCAAGUCGUGUCUGUCGGUCCAUCGAGAUGAUAGUGCAGGCUCGCUGGACCGAGCUCUUCGAGGAGCAAAUCCAGGUUCGAGUCGCUGCUGCGCCGGAGCUCUCAGCCGCCAAGCACAGAAAAGCCGUCUUCAUGGAGGCGUGUCAAGACUUUGGUUGGACAGACAAAGAGCUACGGAAUAAGAUGGCGAUUUGGCGAGGCUACAAAGAAGUCAAAGAUGCAGCAGGGUGGGCAGCCCUUGUUUUUGCCGGCAUGGGCAUCUAUCGAUACUGCAAGUACCGUGUCGGCUUCGAUAAAGAUGCAAUGAGACGACUGCGAAACUUGCAGAAAAGACUGGAGGUUGCUGCGGACACCUUGCACCCUCACUGGCGGCAAUUGUUGGCAAUUGUUGGCGAGACUCAGACGCUGGAAUAUCCUGGCCAUCCACACGAGUGGGUGGUUUUCGAGACUGGCGCAGAUCCAGUGCCUCUACGGCAAACCUACCAGGACCAUGAUCGCUACUUUGCCUUUGAACACAUCGACGAGUCUAUCAUUGACGAGUCUGCUUGGGGAUGUGAAGAUCCGCGAUGGAUGCCGCAGCCCAACUCAAUUGCAAGGACAAACAGCCAGUACAUCUGUGCGUCGUGUGGCGAGCAGCAGUCGGACGAGCCAAAGGCGAACGGUUGUUUCUGCUUUCCUUCACUAUUUGGCUGCGCAAAGCGUAAGCCUCCACCCAUCCAAGUGUUCCGCACACCGGAUGGGAAGAACAACGGGCUGGUAGCUUUGACGUCAUUUGAAAGAGGAUCAGCAGUUGGAGAACUGGUUGGACUGAUAACGAAAGGAAUGAGGGGUCUGGAUGUGAUGGAUAGCUCCACGCCACUCUCGAAUUACCAGAUUUGGCAAGGGAGAAUCGGCAACUACACCCGUUUCGCAAACCAUAGCUGCAAGGCAAACGCACAGUCCUCCACCUUCACAUGGCUGGAUACGCAGCGUAUUGUCAUCGUCAGCAAGGGCAUUGAAGCUGGAGCGGAGAUAACGCUGGACUACGGCGACAAGUACUGGGCCGGUCUAGACAAAGCGUGUCUUUGCGGCGAAACAUGCUGUAGAUAUAGAACUAGAGAACGUUAG